CGCCGCUGCUAUCCCUGCUGCUGCUAUUGCCGCCCCAACGGCUGCCACCUGAGGAGACCGCCCGGACCCGCUGCCCCCCUGUUGCCAUCCCCGGCUGUUUUCUUCCUCGCACCGGCUUUUUGCGCACACUGCCACGAUCCUCAGCAUUAUUAUUCCAAGAAAAGGGAAAUAACGGACCGGGCAAAAAAGAACCACGCACACCUUUCCGAAUUGCUCAAGUGUCUCCCGAGAAGAGAGGGUCGCCGUCCCGGGAGAAGCAGCCCAGGGGGCCAAGGGCGAGUGUUGAAAGGAGGGAGGAGGAGGAGUUGGCCCACUGCGUGGCGGAAAGUUAACGUGCAGCGCAGACCCGAAGGUGCAGCGCCCACAGACCCGGGGGUCGGAGUGUCUGGGAGAAGCGGCGGCCCCCUGCGUCCCGACCCGCGAGUGCGCGGGCAGCGCGGGGUAGGGAACGACGCCCCCUCCUGCUCCUGCGGCGCGGACUCCGUCGGUGGCUCCCGAGGAGGAGGAGGAAUAUGGCAUCGAAGGUGGCCCCCUCCUGCCCUCUGGUCUUCUGCCUCCUGAUCUCCGCUGCUGUCCUCAGACCAGGCCUUGGAUUGUAUACUGUAAGUUCAACAUAUGGAGAUACCAUUAUCAUGCCUUGCCGACUCGAUGUACCUCAGAAUCUCAUGUUUGGCAAAUGGAAAUAUGAGAAGCCCGAUGGGUCCCCAGUAUUUAUUGCCUUCAGGUCCUCUACAAAAAAAAGUGUGCAGUAUGACGAUGUGCCAGAAUACAAAGACAGAUUGAGCCUCUCCGAAAACUACACUCUGUCCAUCAGUAAUGCGAGGAUCAGCGAUGAAAAGAGAUUUGUGUGCAUGCUAGUGACUGAGGACAACGUGUUUGAGGCUCCUACAAUAGUCAAGGUGUUCAAGCAACCAUCUAAACCUGAAAUUGUUAGCAAAGCACCAUUUCUUGAAACAGAGCAGCUAAAAAAGUUGGGUGACUGCAUUUCACAAGACAGUUACCCAGACGGCAACAUCACGUGGUACAGGAGUGGAAGAGUGCUGCAACCCCUUGAAGGAGUGGUGGACAUAGUUAUUAAAAAAGAAAUGGACCCAGUAACUCAACUCUAUACCAUGACUUCAUCCCUGGAAUACAAGACAACCAAGGCUGACAUACAAAUGCCAUUCACCUGCUCUGUGACAUAUUAUGGACCAUCAGGCCAGAAAACAGUUUAUUCGGAACAAGCAGUCUUUGAUAUCUACUAUCCUACAGAGCAAGUGACAAUCCAAGUGCUGCCACCAAGAAGUGCCAUCAAAGAAGGGGACAACAUUACUCUGAAAUGCCUAGGCAAUGGCAACCCUCCUCCUGAGGAGUUUUUCUUUUACUUACCAGGACAGCCCGAAGGAAUAAGAAGCUCAAAUACUUACACACUGACAGAUGUGAGGCGCAAUGCAACAGGAGACUACAGAUGCUCCCUGACAGACAAAAAGAGCAUGAUUGCAUCAACAUCUAUCACCGUGCACUAUUUGGAUUUGUCCUUAAAUCCAAGUGGGGAAGUGACCAAGCAGAUUGGGGAUGCCCUGCCUGUAUCAUGCACAAUAUCUGCUAGUCGGAAUGCAACUGUGGUAUGGAUGAAAGAUAACACCAGGCUUAAAUCUAGCCCAUCAUUUUCUAGUCUCCAAUAUCAGGAUGCGGGAAACUAUGUCUGUGAAACUGCUCUGCAGGAGGUGGAAGGACUAAAGAAAAGAGAGUCAUUGACUCUCAUUGUAGAAGGAAAACCUCAAAUCAGAAUGACAAAAAUCAUUGAUCCCAGAGGCCUGUCUAAAACAGUCAUCUGCCAUGUGGAAGGGUUUCCGAAGCCUGCCAUACAGUGGACAAUUACUGGUAGCGGAAGUGUCAUAAACCAAACAGAGGAAUCUCCUUAUAUCAAUGGCAAGUAUUAUAGUAAAAUUAUCAUUUCCCCUGAAGAGAAUGUUACAUUAACUUGCACAGCAGAAAACCAGCUGGAGAGAACAGUAAACUCCUUGAAUGUCUCUGCUAUAAGUAUUCCAGAACACGAUGAGGCAGAUAAGAUAAGUGAUGAAAACAGAGAAAAGGUGAAUGAUCAGGCAAAGCUCAUUGUGGGCAUCGUCGUUGGUCUCCUCCUUGCUGCCCUCGUUGCUGGAGUUGUCUACUGGCUGUACAUGAAGAAAUCAAAGACCGCAUCAAAACAUGUAAACAAGGACCUUGGUAAUCUAGAGGAAAAUAAAAAGUUAGAAGAAAACAAUCACAAAACAGAAGCCUAAGAGAGAAACUGUUCUUGUUGUUGUCCAGAGAAAAAAAACUAUAUAGGCCAAUUGAAGCAUGAACGUGGAUUGUAUUUAAGACAUAUACAAAGACAUUGACAGCAAUUCAUGGUUCAAAUAUUAAGCAGUUCAUUUUACCAAGCUGUCACAGGAUCUUAGAGAAUUAUCUCAAGUCAAACAAUGAAAUGAAAUUGCAAACAAUAACAACAAGUUUUGGUAGCCAUGAUGAUAGGUCAUAUGUUGUGUUUGGUUUGAUUUUUUUUUUUUUCUGUAAAUGUCUGCACUGAGGAUUUCCUUUUGGUUUGCCUUUUAUGUAAAUUUUUUACGUAGCUAUUUUUAUACACUGUAAGCUUUGUUCUGGGAGUUGCUGUUAAUCUGAUGUAUAAUGUAAUGUUUUUAUUUCAAUUGUUUAUAUGGAUAAUCUGAGCAGGUACAUUUCUGAUUCUGAUUGCUAUCAGUAAUACCCCUAAACUUUUUCACAAGCCCCUAACUCCCAAAGGUGGCAGCUUGUGAGGACUGGAAACACGCACAUUGCCCAAUUCCAAAACUGUGGUUUUAUCCUGGGGCGGGGGGGCGCAGAGUCAGAUUGAUAAACCCUGGAUGAGCUGAUUCUGCGUAUGCACCACCAGCUGGCUCUCAGAAGGAAAUCUCACAUGCAUAUGGACGCACAUACAUAAUAACGGUACUCCCAAACUGACAAUUUUGCCUAUACUGAAAAAAAAAAUUACAGAAUUUGGGUAGCACUUUAGAGACAUCUGCUAGUAAAUUAUUUUCUGUCAGAAGAAAGGAAAAAAAAAAACACAAUGUGUGAGAGACGGUUUGGAAAAAUCAUGGAUAACAUUUCCAUUUUCAUAGAUCAGAAUGUAAAUCACUGUACUUAAAAAUUGGUGUUAAAUCCUUUGGGUUAUCCACUGCCUUAAAAUUAUGCCCAUUUCCUUUUUAAAAAGAUAACAGUCAGAAUUGGAGAUUUUUAACAGUGGUCAUUAUCAAAGCUGUGUUAUUUUCCACAGAAUAUAGAAUAUAUAUUUUUUUCGUGUGUGUUUUUGUUAACUAUGCUACGGAUAUUGAAUGCACCUUGAGAUAAUUUAGUGUUUUUAACUGGUACAUAAUUUAUCAAGCAGUACAUAAAAGUGUAAUAAUAAAAUGUCUAUGUAUCUUUAGUUACAUUCAAAUUUGUAACUUUAUAAGCGUGUUUUAUGCUUGAGGAACUUUAUAGGGUGGUAGUAUAAAUGGAAACUUUUUGAAGUAGACUGGAUAUGGGCCAGUAGCUACUUGUGACUAGACUUUUAAACUUUGCUCCUUCAAGCAGAAGCCUGGAUUCUGGGAGAACACUGCACAGCCAUUUUUGUCCCAGGAUUUACAUAACUUUAUAGAAAAAGAAAAUGAACAUCAGAUUCCCAGGUAUAGAACUGUGUUCUUGGGAGAGAGGAAAACUGGUGUUUGUUUUUUAGAUUGAUGGAAUAAAAAUUAUGAAGGCAAUGAAAAAUAAAUUGAAGAUGGAUAUUAGGAAUAACAUUUUGCCACUUCUGCAUUAUUUAGAAACACAUGCUGUUGUACAUUUGUAAACCAUUUACUAUCUGGGCAAUAGUAUCUAAGUUUAAUAAAAGCUUCCUGUAGUGCAUUGGUAUGAAUUAAAUACAUAAAAUAUCUUAUUAGAAUCAAAGCUGUGUAAAAUAUUAUGGGAGGGGGGAGAAAACAUGUUAUUUUGCCUCUAAACUUUCAUUUAUUGAAGUUUUAUUUGGCAGGAAAAAAUUGAAUCUUGGUCAAUAUUUAAACCAAAGUGAAAGGGGAAAAACCAAAGUUAUUUGUUCUGCAUGGCAAAGCCAUUCUGUUAUCUCUCUGUAAAUACUGUGAUUUCUCUGUUUUCUCUUUUCUUUAGAAUUUUGUUAAAGAAAUUCUAAAAUUUUUAAACACCUGCUUUCCACAAUAAACCAUGAACACUAAAAUGAAAUCCCUUUCAUAUAAAUGCUUUUUCUUUUGGUGUGGGAGAUCAAAGGUUCAAAGUCUAACUCCUAGGGUAUAUCUGCAGAAAGAAGCAAUGCUACGAUAGAAAGAGAGGGUUAUGCUACAGUUAUUUCUUGGCUUUCAUUUGCUGUCCGAAAUGAAAACAGGUGUUGGAACCUAGAGAGCAGAACAUUCACAGCACAGAGCUCUGGACGGAAAGCAGAAAGUUUGCCGGGAAACGGGAGGCAACAUUAGAACUAUUGAAUCCAUGCCCGGAUGAAAAGGAAAGAUUAUUUGUGUAACGGCAGAGAUGUGCACAGUGAGGCUGGGAAGGAAGAUCGUGCACAAUCCUCAACUUCCGAGGUUGCGUCUCUUCAGUUUACUACUAACUCUUCGGCAACAGGAGACAGGUUUCGCCAGUUCAAGUUUCACUUCCAAUCUUUGAUUAUAGGAAAUGUAUGUGGAAAUGGAUUAACACACCCGUCUAUGCCUAAAAGAUAAUAAAACUGAAAUAUGUCUUCACACAUCUCUCACAGCUGUCUGCCUCUUGUCUAAACUAGGAUGUUUAUGUAUAGAAAAUAGUUGUCUUUAUUAAACAGUAGAAAACUCA